AUGAGCGCAACAAUGACAAUGACUGCUCCACCGGAGAUUACGGCGGACAACGUGGCUACUCUCUUCCCCGAGGUUGAUACCUCCCUGGCUCGGGAAGUUUUCCCCUCCGCCGCGAACCAGACCGCUCGUUCAACAGGAGAUCUGGAGGGCUACGAUGACGAACAAGUCCGGCUGAUGGAUGAGGUUUGCAUUGUCUUGGACAACAAUGACAGACCCAUUGGCAGUGCCAGCAAGAAGACUUGCCACCUGAUGACCAACAUUGACAAAGGUCUCCUGCACCGAGCAUUCUCCGUCUUCCUUUUCGACUCGAACAACCGCCUCCUGCUCCAACAGCGCGCCACGGAGAAGAUCACGUUCCCCGAUAUGUGGACCAACACAUGCUGCUCUCACCCGCUGGGAAUUCCCGGCGAGACGGGCGCCGAGCUGGACGCAGCGGUGGUGGGUGUGAAGCACGCUGCGCAGCGGAAACUGAACCACGAGCUGGGCAUCAAGCCGGAGCAAGUGCCGCUGGACAAGUUCGAGUUCUUCACACGGAUUCACUACAAGGCGCCGAGCGAUGGCAAGUGGGGCGAGCACGAGAUCGACUAUAUCCUCUUCAUCCAAGCGGAUGUCGAUCUGGAGCCGAACCUGAAUGAGGUCCGGGAUACCACGUAUGUGUCGGCGGAGGAGCUGAAGACGAUGUUCGAGCAGCCCGGGCUGAAGUUUACGCCGUGGUUCAAGCUCAUUUGCAACUCGAUGCUGUUCGAGUGGUGGAGCCACCUGGGCACUGCGGCGCUGGACAAGUACAAGGGCGAGAAGGAGAUCCGUCGGAUGUAA